AUGGGUUCAGCAGACUCAAGUUUCAAAGAAGUGGAAUGGAGUGUCUUAUACACUGCCCAACUAAUUCAAAAGGCAAAGAAGUUUCAUGAUGGCGUUAUAAGGCUUGUCCAAGCUGGUCCAAAUGUAAAGCAGAUUCUUUUACUGGAUGAAGAAGGUGGAGUGCUUGGCACCAGAUAUUUCAAUCCAGGUGAAUCUAUUGAAUGUGGAAAGAGAUGUCAGUUUCCUAAUCAUAUUAUCGAAGUCACUGAGCUCAGAAAUAAAAUGAAAGAUGUAGAACACACACAUGCUGCUGGGGAGGCUUCAAGUCACACAGUGCCUAAGAAUGGAGAGAAUAUGCGUGAAAAGGAUGACAAAAGUAAAUCUCCAAAGUUUGUUAGUCCAUUCAAGCUCCAUGAUCAUCGGAAGACUAAAACAAGAAGCACUACCGACUCUAACAAGCCACAGGUCGGAAAAUCAGCAUGUAGUAACGUGGGCGAUCCACUUAACUAUCAUGUAUUUACGGAUCUUCAGAGGGGUAAACCAGAUUGCACGGUUGGUUACAGAAGAACAGACCUGGGGUCAACAUCUAGCGACAUCGACAAUCAACAUAAAUUCAAUGAUUUUGCAGAUAACCAGAGGGGCACAUCAGAACUAUCUACCAGCAAAUCAACAUUUAAUGACCUGGGAAAAUCAACAUUUGGUGGAAUGGAUGAUCCACAUAAAUUUGAUGAUUUUGCAGGCACCCAGAGGGGUACAUCAGGAUUUUCUACCAGUUAUAACCGGCCAGAAGUUGGCAAAUCAACAUUUAAUGACCUGGGAAAAUCAACAUUUGGUGGCAUGGAUGAUCCGCAUAAAUUUGAUGAUUUUGCAGAUAUCCAGAGGGGUAAAUCAGGAUUUCCUACCAGCUAUAACCGGCCAGAAGUUGACAAAUCAAUUCUUAAUAGAAUGGAUGAUCCACUAAAAUUUUGUCUUCGGGAUGGCAAAUCAGUGUGUCCCACUAGUUUUGUCAGGAGAGAGGUUGGAAAAUCAAAAUUUGGCAACGCUGAUGAUUCUUUACGGACUGCUUCCCAAAUACUAUCUAUCAUGAAGCCCCCAGCUGGAUUGUCUCACUUUGCUACCCAGCUUCGUACAUCUGUGCAAUCUUGCUUGAAGCUGGAUACUGCACAUGCAAAGAACUCAGCAAUCACUCAUAAUAGGAAUGAAUUAUCAGGGAAUGCUUAUCCAACUUACAAUCAUCAGGCCAUCAUGAAACCACCAGCUUUUGAUGCUUCGGACUUGGAAUUGAUAGAUCUCCCAGGAUCUGAGAUGUGCAAUGCAAACGAGCAGAAACUAGAAUCAUCAGGCAAUCUUAACACUGUAAACUGUAAUGGUACAGGUUCUGCGCCAAUUCCGAAUGACACUAGCAUGCCAAACGUGCGAGAAGACAAAAGUGGAAGUGCAGAUCAGCUCGGUGCAAAUAACACAGCAGAGGACCCUAAAUAUGAUGGCCCUUCUCGUACGUGUAGAGAUCCCACGAUCCAGGAUUUGAUAGAUGACUGCCCUUCUUUUGAUCUUGGCUUCUAA